AUGUCGAAGCAUAGUACAAUGACCUCUGGUGCCUCAGAGAUGAAGGCGAACUUGAAGCAGCACGCGAGUUUGUUAUCACCACAGCAGCAACGGAUGCAUACAGCCAGUCUCGCGGGCAGUGGCGAGACUGCGCAUCAGGCGUACUCCACGAGGGACACAGUGUCGCUGCCGCAGCAUAGGCCGGAACACCCGGCGCAGGACCCACGGUCCCCACUCGUUAUACUGGUGCCGACGACUGCACAGCCCACGGAGGUGCUCGCUGCACGGUUUGCCGCCUGGCGGAGUGUGAUCAAGUCCCUGCUCGGGUAUCUCAGCGAGACAGCGUCGAUCCAGGAGGAGAUUGUGAGACAGCAACUGCGGUUGCAGCAUGCGGUGCAGUUCCCCUUCUUUGCAGUGGAGAACCAGUCCCAGCCCAGCUCCUCGGAGGAUAAGGCGACUCAGAGGUUUUUCCUUCCGUUAGGUUGUGGAUCCGUGCAGAACGUCCCCUCUGUGCUUAACGCGUACCAUGGGGCGCUUGCUGCCGUGUCAUCGAAGGGCGCGAAGGAGCUAAACAAUGAGGUGAUCCCGCGGCUUGAGGAGCUCCGUAGGGACCUGCUCGUCAAGAUCAAAGAGAUCAAGCAAUUGCAGUCCGACUUUAAGAACUCGUGUACCAAGGAACUCUCGAUCACGAAACAGGAGCUGAAACAGUACUGGAACGCGCUCAAGGAGUGCAAGUUCACGACACCGGCGAAGGACCCGUACUUGCUCAAGAUCACGCUCGACAAGCAGAUCAAGAGACAGAUUACAGAGGAGAACUAUCUUCAUGAGGCAUUCGACAACCUGCAGACGUCCGGGUGCGAGCUUGAGAAGGUGGUCGUCAUGGAGAUACAGAACGCGACGACUAUGUACGCGCGCAUACUCGGCCAAGAGGCACAGCUCGUCUUCGAUAUCCUCGUUUCGAAACUCGAUGCAGGGUUCCUGAGACACGACCCGCAGUUUGAGUGGGACAGUUUCAUCGCAAGAGAUAACAACUUCAUACCGCCGAACCUGCCGAUGCGUCGGUUCAAAGAGAUCGUGUACAAGCACCAAGCGGAUCCGGUGACGUACGAGAUCAGGUCCGGGUUUCUCGAGAGGCGGUCCAAGUUUCUGAAAUCGUAUUCCCGAGGGUUCUAUGUGCUCUCCGCGAACUACCUACACGAAUUCAAGUCUGCAGACAGGAAGAGGGACCUUGUACCCGUGAUGUCGCUGGCAUUGGAGGACUGCUCCGUCGCCGAACACUCGAAGCAGAAUGCUACGGAACACAAAUUCAUCCUGCAUGCGAAGCAGAACGGACUGAUCCAUAGGGGCCACAACUGGGUUUUCAAAGUGGAGUCGCACGCGACAAUGAUGGCGUGGUUCCACGACCUGAAGAAGUUCACCACAUUUGACUCCAUAGAGGACAAGACCAAAUACAUAGUCAAGAGGUUUGCCCAGCAACAGCAGGAAAAAUCCUCUGCGACGAUGCCGCAGGACAACAGUAGGAAGAGCAUGGAGGCCGAUACAGACGCAGAUGAGCGUCGCCUCUCGACGUCCACGACAAACACGGGGACGCCGCCCAAACUGGACACUACAACACAGACAGAAACCACUGCAUCUAUCCCUGACACUGGGGACCAUGUCCCAUCGUUCUACAUAGAAACGGCGUCGCCCGAGAAGAGCAAAGCCGCCUGA